AUGGUGUAUGCAAUAAUAAUCCACUCGUCCGAAUGCCACGAGAAAUACUAUUUCAGCUAUUACUACGGGGAGGGGGAAAUUGAAAAAGAGAAGGAGAAAGAGAAGGAGAAAGAGAAGGAGGAGGAAGACGAAGACGACUGCGUUAGACAACGGACCAUUAUUAGGAGAGUCCUCGAAGAAAUAAAUUACUAUGAAAAUGGAAAAGAGAAAACAGAUAAUACGAUCAAGAAUAACAGGGAGAAGUAUCUGGAUUUGCUGGGCGCGUUCCUCUCAAAGAAUAACAGCGACGAAGGAAAAAUAGACGGUGAGGGUUUCUUCCGAAUCGUCGAUCCCUCCCUUUUCAAAAAUAGGAUUAACGUUCUGUGGAAAGUUUUGAACAAAAUUUGCUACACCCUGGUAUUCUAUGCCCACGAAAAUAUUCACCUGGCGGACUACUUCUUGCACACAUUUAUAAGCGCCCUGAGGGAGCAGCACGACGCGAUGAAGAGAAAGAAAUGCAAAAGUGACAUGGACCUUUUUCACCCCGAUACUGUGCUGGCCGUUCUGUACUUCUUCCUACCAAAAGGGCAACUGCUGCUGAUGAAUGAGAACCAUGCAAAAUUUCUGAACAGCCAAGUUAAGCAGUUCCUCGCGGAAAAGGCACAGUUAACCCCCAAGGAUUCCAAACUUGCUUAA